AAUACCCGUAGGUGCUCUGUUUCGGUUUAACGGCAAAGCGACGUCACACCGUCAAGUGUGUGUGUGUGUCACUCGUGAUUUACGUUCAUGAGAAGCUGAUGAGAGCUGUCACCGCUGCACUGUAGCUCACCUGCAGCUGGUGCUAUAGGUGCGCGCUAUUGGAUACGCGUAAUCUACACCAAACUCCCACUGGCUCGUCUUCGAAAAUAAACUGAAGCAUUCUGCAUCAGUGAAUUGUGUAAAACACACCAGUGACACGUGAGGCAACAGACCGUUUGAUUCCAUGGAGCUGGGAAUCGCGCGCUGCUGGCCACUCUGGAUGGACUGAUCCGACAACUGUCGCACUGGGCGUCGAGGAGUUGCCUGCACUUGCACACACCUGAGACGUCUUCACACCCCGAGCGCUUCGUUCGCCGCCAGUUGAUGCCGAGGACCAUGACCAUGAACGGUGACCAGCAGUCGGUUGCCACAGCGCCGCUGGAUCUGCGCAUUAACAACAGAGAGCGUGGGAGCGCCGGGACGAGGAGCCCGGACCGUGGGCUGCAAAGGACGCGCCAGGAGCGCUCACCCGCAGCGCCCGUGUGCGCGGGGGCGAGCACUUUGGAGACACGCUGCCCCGCCGCCAGAAGCGCACCGGGCUCGGGAGCCGGCGCCGCUCGCAAACGUCCGGCGGACAAUUCGUCCCUCAAGCUUCCUUUUCGGAAACGGCCGAUUCCAGUCGAGCCGGAGCCCCCGGCGCAGUCGCCGGCUCCGCCAGAAAGUGGGGAGCGCUUCUGUGCCGCGGAGGACGCGGACUCGACGCUUGGGGAGAGUUCGGUCGGCCGUUUGGAGAGAGUCGCGGAUGAAAACAGGGUCGGCGUAAACUUGACUCCCAGGCGCAUUGAAGAAACAGAUAACUGCCCCAUACGUUUUUUGCACCCGAUUAAUUACGGUCAUUACCCAGUGUACUAUUUGCCACCUGUACCAGAGCAGAACCUACCUCCGGCCCACCACACAGAUAACCUGCUGGCUGGUAUCGCUCGGGCGACACAUCAAGAUGAAGAUGGAGACACAGCUCUCCAUAUAGCUGUGGUGCAGGGGGAAUUGGCCAUUGUCUGUACACUGAUCCAUCUCCUAUUGUGGGCUCGCAAAGGCCUCGAUAUCUACAACAACCUCCGUCAGACUCCCCUUCACCUGGCAGUGAUAACCCAGCAGGCAGACAUGGUGGAUGUUUUGUUGAGGGCGGGAGCCGACCCUGCUGCCUUGGACCGUAACGGCCAAACAGCACUCCACCUCUGCUCUGAAUACGACCAGAGUGAAUGUCUCUCUGUAGUGCUCUCUCUGUCCUCAUCCCCAAUGUGCUUGGAGAUCAGAAACUAUGAGGGUUUGAGCCCUCUCCAUUUGGCUGUGCUGCGGGGCCAUAAGGAUUUAACCAGAAUGCUGCUGGAUGCAGGAGCUGACAUUAAUGCAAUGGACAUCAAAAGUGGCCAGAGUCCUCUCAUGCACGCGGUCGAGAGCAAUAACGCUGACAUGGUCCACUUCCUCAUUGAGAGUGGCUGUGAUGUCAACAGCCAGUCAUACAGUGGGAAUACGGCCCUCCACGGCGCCUGUGGCCGAGGUCAGGUGGACACAGUGCGGCUGCUGCUGAAGAGUGGAGCUGACAGCAGCCUCAAGAACUACCACAACGACACGCCUGUGAUGGUGGCCAAGAACAAGAAAAUAGCAGAUGUGUUAAGGGGGAGAGCCUCCAAGCUCAUAAGAGUUCAAGAUCAACACUGUGUCUCACCACAUGGGAGCAACUUAUCGGAAAAUGGGUCCCAGUCUCCCAGCCAGAGUCGCGGAUGUUCACCCUUGUCUACACCACACACCCCUCAUCGAAGCACAUCGCACUCACCAAAGACUCCAUCAACGCCCGUAUUUCCAUUUUACUAGGUCAAGUUAUAGCCCCAGGCAAUUUACAACUACCUCUACGUAGCCAACCAACAAAGUGACAAUCAAGACUCCAAUGCCCAAGAGGACCACAGGGGAUAGUUCAGCAAGUGGGAAGACAGACCAGCAAUAGAGUGCACCAAAAAUUACCCACAAACUGACCUUUUUUGUGGAGUUCCUGAUAAAAGACAGUCAUAAUUGAUAGCUUUCCUUUUGGGCCUUAAUGGGUGGACAGAGGGCCGGCGCAUCCAGCCGCUGGAGUGGGCCCUCGAUCUCCUUGUGACUGGGAGAUCCACUUUGCGGACCUAUCUUUUGACGUGUCAAGUUGUUUAAAGAUGGUGUCCAAUCUGCUAAUUGUGAGGCUCAAGGAUGUGACUUGACAUGCUAAAUAUUGCACAGUCAAAUCUCUUCUUUCUGGCAUUUUUAUAACCUAUGCCCACUUUACCUUUCAGGUCUGUUUGUGUGAAAGUGUGUAGUUGUGUGUGUGUGUGUGUGUGUGUGUGUGCGUGUUGUCUUAUCACUGACAAAAGUUGUACAUAUAUAUUUUUUAAAUGUAUAAAAGUUGUCCCAACAGA